CCAUCACUCACACUUUCAUAACACUCUAUUUCAAAGAAAAAAAAGAAAAAAACCCUCGGAGAAAAUGAUACACUGAUAUUCUCUGAAAAUUUUUUAUUUAUGUAGAAAAAUAUAAGGAAAAAAAAGUAAAAGUUUUGCAACUGGACUGAAAGGAUAUGUCGUCGAAGGGGAAGGGGAAGGGGAAGGGAAAGGAGAAGGAGGUGGUUUAUGGGAAACGGAAGGUCAGCGCCGGAAGAAGCGGUGGUGGAGCGGAGGAGAACCGUCGGAAGCGGAAGAAUCGGGGAGUUCUUCAGUUCUUUGAAGACGCUGCUGAUGUUGAUGACAAUGAAGCCAGCGAUGACAGCGAUUUUGAUGAUUAUUUUAUGGAAGAAGAACCAGAUCUUAAUGCAAAUAAUAAUCCUUGGAAAGCCCAUAACCUUCCAUUUGUUCCCAAGGAAGAGGUGAUCGAGGAGGAGUUUGAUAAAAUGAUGGAGGAGAGGUACAGGGAUGGUGCUAGGUUUACGACAUUUGAUGAAGAUUCUUAUGAAGCUAAGGGAUCAAUUGACAAAAACUCUACCAUGCCUCCUUCCAAGGAUCCUAUUAUAUGGAAAGUUAAAUGUGUGGUUGGACGUGAAAGGCAUUCAGCUUUCUGUCUCAUGCAGAAGUUUAUUGACAUGAAAUCACUAGGAACAAAAUUACAGAUAAUAUCAGCAUUCUCUGUUGAUCACAUCAAGGGGUUUUUCUACAUUGAAGCUGACAAACAAUGUGAUAUUAACGAGGCAUGUAAAGGUCUGACUUACAUUUACUCUUCAAGAGUGGCGCCAGUUCCAAGCAAUGAAGUUUACCAUUUACUCAAUGUCAGAACUAAACGUAGUGAAGUCUCUAAAGGCAUGUGGGCUCGGAUAAAGAAUGGGAAGUAUAAGGGGGACCUUGCCCAGGUUGUGUUUGUAAACAAUGACAAGAAACGAGCAACUGUGAAGCUCAUUCCAAGAAUUGAUCUGCAAGCAAUGGCUGCUAAAUUUGGUGCUGGAGUUUCCAUCAAUAGAACUGUUAUACCAGCUCCAAAAUUGAUAAGCUCAAUUGAGCUCGAGGAGUUUCGACCUCUCAUUCAGUUUAGACGAGACCGUGACACCGGCAUUGGUUUUCAAAUACUUGAUGGCAUGAUGCUUAAGGAUGGGUAUCUGUAUAAAAAAUUAUCCAUAGAUUCAUUAAGCUGCUGGGGUGUUAUGCCUACAGAGGAGGAGCUUCUAAAGUUUAGUCAUUCUGAUAAUAAUGAAUCUGAUGAUCUGGAGUGGCUUUCACAGCUUUAUGGUGAAAAAAAGAAGAAAAAGACGACUACGAAUGAAAAAGGAGGUGAGAAGGGAGAAGGCUCAUCAGGGUUUGGCUUGGAUGAUGGCUUCGAACUGUAUAAUCUUGUCUGUUUCAGCCGGAAAGAUUUUGGGCUUAUUGUUGGCAUGGAGAAAGAUGAUCGUUACAAGAUUUUAAAAGAGGCUCCAGAAGGACCUGUUGUAGUGACUGUUGAAAAGCGGGAGUUAAAGAAUGGGCCUAUGGAUACAAAGUUUACUGCAUUAGAUCAUCACUCGAAGACGAUAUCCAUUAGUGACACUGUUAAAGUCUUGGAAGGUCAAUAUGAGGGUAAACAAGGGAUUGUUAAACAAAUCUAUAGAGGGACCAUAUUUUUGUAUGAUGAGAAUGAGACUGAUAAUGGUGGUUAUUUCUGCUGUAAAUCACUGAAGUGUGAGAAAAUCAAGCAAUUUUUAGAUAUAUGCAGUGAUAAGGUUGGUGGUGAUCCUGGUGGUACUUCAGAUUUUGGGGAUUUUGUAUCAUCUCCUAAGUCCCCAAUAUCGCCUAAAAAGCCUUGGCAUUCUCAAGAUAAGGAAGCUAAGAGUGAUUUCAACAGAGGGAACAGAGAUGGAAUGUUCUCCAUUGGUCAAACCUUAAGAAUUCGAGUGGGUCCUUUGAAAGGGUACCUUUGCCGUGUCUUAGCUGUAUAUUAUUCAGAUGUUACUGUUAAACUGGAUUCUAAGCAGAAGGUUCUUACAGUUAAAAAUGAGCAUCUUGCUGAGGUUCAAGGGAAGAGCUCUGCUGCAAAUACAAAUGAGCAUGAUGGAUCAAGUUCAUUCAAACCAUUUGAUCUUCUGGGAUCGGAAGGUUCGUCUGGAGAUUGGUUGAAUAGAGCGGGAACAUCGGCUGAGGGUGGCGGAUGGAAUGCUGAGGGGAGCUCAUGGCCUAGUUUCUCUGGUCCUGGCACUACGCAGCAGACAGAAACUGAUCAGAAGAGAGAUGGUGAAGACUCUGCCUGGGAGACCAAGGUGACUCCAAACCAGAAUUCAUCUUGGGGUGCAGCAGUUUGUUCUGGGGAUAAUGAUAAAAAAACAGAUGGUUCGUCUAUUGCUUGGGAAAAUAAAACAAGUACAAAGCAGAAUUCAGCCUGGGCUGCAGGUGGCAGUGAUCAAAAUGCUAGUUGGGGCAGUUGGAAUAAAGCUGCUCCCAAGAUUGACUCCAGUGGUGGUGCAUCUGAUGCUUGGGGUAAAGCUACCUCUAGUGGAGAUCCAUCGGGUGCUUCAAAAGAUGUUGGAGGCAGCUGGGGUCAAUCAAAGCUUGAAACCGGAAAUCUUGCUGAUUCUUCAAAUAUCACUGCAUGGGAGAAAGAUACAAGAAUUAAUGUUGGUAAUGAUGGUUGGAAAAAAUCAGAAAGUUGGGAUAAUGGAAAGAAUGUCACUGAGGGAUCAUCUGGUGCAUGGGAUAAAGGUAAAGGUGUGGCUGAACCAGGAUCAUGGGGAAAGAACGAAAACUCAAGUAGUGAUUGGAACAAUAAUGCUGUAGGGUCAAAUCAACAGGGAGGUUGGGGUAAAAAGAAUGAUGCUGGUGGCUUUGAAGAUAAUUCUUGGGGUAAAGCUGUGGAGAAGUUGAACAAUAAAGAUGGUACUGGUGGAAGCAAGGGUAAUUGGGGUAGUUCAAAACUUGCUGCAGAAGAUUCUAAGGGAGGUUGGGGAAGUGCCAGUGGAAAUGACUUCAGUGGGAAUCAAACCACGAACUGGGGCAUCAAGAAAGAUGCAAAUGAAUGUGCAGCAGGAGGUUGGACUAAGGGUGGAUCUCAGAAUCAGUCUGAUGGUUGGGGCAAGCAACAUGGGGGUUCUUCAUGGGGUGGUGGAGCCAGCCAAAAUGCGGGCCAAAACUCUGGUUGGAACUCUGGUUCUGGUAAUGCAAACCAGGAUUCUGGUUGGGCUAAGAAAAAUGAUUCAGACUUUGGAUCUGGUGAUGCAACCAAAGACUCUAGUUGGGGGAAGAGAAGUGACUGGAGCUCAGGAUCUGCAGAUGCAAAUCAGGAAUCAGAAUGUGGUAAGAAAAGCAGCUGGGGUGCUGGUUCCAAUGAUGCUGGCCAAGACUCUGGUUGGGGCAAAAGGGGCAGUUGGAACUCUGGUUCUGGUAGUGCAAACGAGGAUGGUUGGGCUAAGAAAAAUGAUUCUAACUUUGGAUCUGGUGAUGCAACCAAUGAUUCUAGUUGGGGGAAAAAGGGAUCAGCAGAUGCAAGUCAGGAUUCUAACUGGGGUAAGAAAAAUUGGGGCACUGGAAAUGAUUCUGGCCAAGACUCUGGUUGGGGCAACAAAGGUAGUUGGAACCCUAGUUCCAGUAGUGCAGGCGAGGAUUCGGGUUGGGGUAAGAAAAGCAACUGGAAUUCAGGAUCUGGGGAUGCAAACCAGGAAUCUGGUUGGAAGCCGAAAAGCGAUUGGAGUUCUGGAAGUGGAAAUGAAGACCAAAAGGAGCCUUUUAGUAAUAGAGGUGGUGGAAGUUGGAGGGGAGGUUUUGGUGGUAGAGAUGGCUCAGAUAGGGGCUUUAGAGGUAGAGGAGAUACAGACAGAGGAGGUUUUCGGGGUAGAGGUAGAUCGGAUAGAGGAUGGGGCAGAUCUGACAGAGGAGGUUUUGGUGGCAGAGGUGGUGAUGGUGGAGGCUACAGAGGAAGAGGCGGUGAUGGUGGAGGCUUCGGAGGUAGAGGUGGUGAUGGUGGAGGCUACGGAGGUAGAGGUGGUGACAGAGGUGGCUACAGAGGUAGAGGUGGAAGAGGUGGUGAUAGGGGAGGAUUUGGAGGUAGAGGACGUGGUAGGAGGGAUCAAAAUGGGGGUUGGAACAAUGGUGGAGAUUCUGGUGAAAAUAAGUCUUUUGGCUGGAACAAAGAGGGGGGGAACCAGGGCUGGAAUGGUGGAACAAGUGGAGGUGCUGAUCAAGGAGGAGGCCAAUCCUCCAGUUGGAGUCAAUCUGGUGGCUGGAACAAGGAGGGGGGGAACCAGGGCUGGAAUGGUGGAACAAGUGGAGGUGGAGGUAAGAGUUGGAAUCAAUCUGGUGCUGAUCAAGGAGGCCAAUCCUCUAGUUGGAGUCAGUCUGGUGGCUGGAACAAAGAGGGGGGGAAUGGUGGAACAAGUGGAGGUGGAGCCAAGACUUGGAAUCAAUCCACUGCUGAUCAAGGAGGUCAAUCCUCUAGUUGGAGUCAAUCUGGUGGGUGGAACAAAGGCUCUAGCUCAACUAAUGAAGGAGGUGGGAGUCAAGAUAACAACCGGAAGUCUUCGAAUUCAUCUGAUGGUGACAAAUGGUCUAGCUGGAACCAGUCAAGUGGCAGCAAGGAAGUUAAUGAAAGUAACAAUCAAGGAAAUGGGUGGGGAAAGAGUUCAACUACUUCUGCUGGAGGGUGGGGUAACCAAGGAUCGGGCUCGGGAGAUCAAUCUCAGUCAAAAACUGCUGAUGAAGCCCCAUCUUCUGGUUGGAACAAGUUAAAGGAUGGAGGUGAAAAUAGAGGAAACCAAGAUCCAUGGGGUAAGGCAUCAUCAACAAGUACUUGGGGACAAGGGAGUGGUGGUAGCAAGGGAGGAUGGUAAUUUUAACCUUCGCUUACCGAACAAGGUUUUCAGUGCUGUAGAUACUUCUAUUUUGGGUCUGUUCUGCAGUUUCUACAGUGUAGAGUUCCGGAAUGGAACAAGGUAGUGUUUCCGGGCAGACUGGUAGUAGUGAAGACAUUUGCUGUUUAGUGUUUACUAGAACAGCUUUAUGUUUGUUAAUAUUCCUUUCAAGUUAGUAAUGCUACCAUAUUAUGUAGGGCUUCCUCAUUGGGCAUAGUGAUGCAUAGAUGUUGCUCAAACUACAUCAACUGAUAAUAUUAUGACUUCUAUUUCAAGUUCAUUGCAUUUUUUAA